CGGGGCUCCGCCAACGGUAGGUAGAGUACUCGACCUGCACCGCGCCCCUCUCUGCUGCCUCCUUCGUCCUGUCCCUCCAAGCCGGACGGGGUUCUCUUGCUGGUGCUAUUUCUCUCGCUUUGCGUUGCCUUGCUUUUGUCUUGACCCGUCCACCUGCUUGCGAGGGCUGCUGACCUUCUUCUCCAACGCGACUUACUACUACUUAAUACACAACACAUAUAACAUACCUUCAUAUCAUAUACACAGCCCCAGAGAGAAAGCGAAGAGCGCGUAUACAGAAUCGGCCUGCCACGCGUAAACAACAAUAAUGGCGUCGGACCAACCCCAGGCACAGUCGAAAAAGGUGUCGAUAUUCCGACGCUUCUCCAGACGAGACCGAGGCGAUACCCCUCCAUCGCCUUUUCUUAUGAACCAGGGCAUCCGCCCGCCCGUUCAACGAGCACCACGAAGACUGCAGCGGAACCGCUCCCACGCACCUGCACCCGCUCCCGUCGGCCUCCUCACACCACCGCCAUCUCCGCCAGAAAAAAGCUCCUUCGACUCCAGCGAGGCAUCCACAUGUUACCGUCAGCCUGCUCGCAGCCACUUCACCAUCCCUAUGCAUUCGUCAGGCUCACGAGAACGCGUCGUGCCCAACGCUCUGCUCACCAAACCCUUUCCCGGGAACCCCCAAAUCACAUCAUGGGACAUCUUCCUUCCCCCUUCGCAAAUGUACUCGCUCUAUCUUGGCCACGCCCCGCAGGAAAUGGAGGACAAGUGGUUCAUCUACAGCGAGGGGCCAGACCAAGCUGGCAAGCUCAAAGUCCACUUUCACCGGAGUUGGACCGGCACCAAAGUCGCUGAGCUGUUCGUCGUCAUGGACACAAAAGGUGAGGGUGCAGGCAAGAUUGUCGGCAUCAAAUGGAAUGGCGGCAAAGACACAAACUGGAUGAGUGAGGAAGCGGCCAAGUACUCGAUCCGCACCGCCUGUCAGUGUCAAUUGAAUGUCCAUUUAGAAGAGUGAGAGAGUGAGAGCGAGUUUGAGACGGCCUGACGAAUUUGAUGUUACCAGGCCGGCGUUUUAAUGACUGGUGUUAGCGAUGCCCAGUAUGUUAAUAUGGCCUACUGCGAUUUUCCAAAGAAGCCCUUUAGCCCUCGUACUACGAAGUAUGACCUUUUCCGAAUAUACGAUUUAUGAAUGUCUGAUCUGCUGCCACCUUUUACUUCCAGAUAACAAGUACAUGUAUGUUUGACCAUGUGGCUUUUCUUUUCGAAUGGACCAUCUUCGGAUACCGAAUUUUGCAGACUUUAGGUUUGCACCACGGAG